GUUGAAGUGAAGAAAGGAGGCGCACAGAGCACACAGUCGAGAGAGAGAGAGAGAGAGAGAUACCCGUAUUGACAUUGCAACAAGCGAGGAGAAGGGCGGCUUUGGCAGGUAGAGGCCAGAGCGUAGCACAGGAGCAGGAGAGAGAGAGUUGGGUGCAGGAGGAGCCAGAGAACCAGAGAGGAGUUAACAAUAUCCCAUCAUUCACACGUCACGGCAUCAUUGGCGCCUCGAGUCCUCCUCGUCGUCGUCCUCCAAUACUCCCUCCACAUUCCUCCCUUAAUUGCUACGUUCAAUCCCCCUCAAGGCCUCAACAACCACUUCGUCGUUGGAGUAACAGCAGCAGCGCAGCACUGCGAGCUGCUAGUUGCUUCCCGCUGCUUUCUCGCGGUGCGGUGCAUGGGAACACGGCUCUGAGAGAAAAGGGUGUGAGAGAGAGCGGCUGGCCAGGGAGGGGGAGGAGCGAAGAUGAAGUUCAUGAAGCUGGGCUCCAAGCCGGACGCCUUCCAGUCCGACGGCGCCGACGUCCGAUAUGUGGUCUCUGACCUUGCAACAGAUGUUGUCGUACAUGUUGGUGAAGUGAAAUUUUACUUGCACAAGUUUCCCCUUCUGUCCAAGAGCAGCAAGCUUCAAAGAUUAGUUCUUAAGGCCACCCAGGAGGGGACUGAUGAGGUUCACAUAGAUGACCUUCCUGGAGGAGCGAAAACUUUUGAAAUAUGUGCAAAGUUCUGCUAUGGGAUGGUUGUCACCCUCAGUCCACACAAUGUUGUUGCAACAAGAUGUGCAGUGGAGUACCUUGAAAUGACUGAAGAUAUGGAAAAGGGGAACUUGAUAUUUAAGAUUGAGGUCUUUAUAAAUUCUAGCAUCCUUCGUAGCUGGAAAGAUUCCAUCAUUGUUCUCCAGAGCACAAAGGUACUGUUUCCUUGGUCUGAAGAGCUGAAGGUUGUGGGUAGAUGUAUUGAUGCCAUUGCUUCAAAGACCUCUGUGGAUCCUGCCAAUGUAACCUGGUCAUACAGUCAUAAUAGCAAGAAAGGAGUAGCUUGCGCUGAGAUAGUCGAGUCGACAAGAAAAACAUCAAUAGCUCCCAAAGACUGGUGGGUUGAGGACUUGUGUGAAUUGGAUGUUGACCUCUACAAGAGAGUUAUGGUUUCUAUCAAAUCCAAGGGGAGAAUGUCACCUGAAUUGGUAGGAGAGGCCCUUAAAGCCUAUGCAGUUAGAUGGCUGCCAGACUCUUACGAUGCUUUGGUUGCUGAGGAUUACAUGAGACGGAAUCAAUGUUUGGUCGAGACAAUAAUAUGGUUGUUGCCUUCUGAUAAGAGCUCGGGCUGUUCGUGCAGAUUUCUAUUAAAACUGUUGAAAAUUGCUAUAUUAGUUGGAGCAGGGGAGCAUGUGAAGGAAGAGCUUAUGAGAAGGAUCAGUUUCCAGUUGCACAAAGCUUCAGUUAAGGAUCUCUUAUUACCUGCUGCCUCGCCUAAUGAUGGUACAUAUGAUGUCCGCUUGGUCCAUAAUCUUGUCCAAAGAUUUGUGGCAAGAACUGCAUUGUCUCAUAAUGGUGAUUUUGUUGAGAAAUCUGACGAAAAGAUGAUUGAGCUUAACUUUGAACAAGAAUCCACUUUGUCAUUAGGAGAACUUGUUGAUGGCUAUCUGUCUGAAGUAGCUUCAGAUCCAGACCUUUCAUUGUCUACGUUUGUUGAACUAGCAACAGCCGUGCCAGAAGUGGGUAGACCUGUUCAUGACAGCUUGUACUAUGCUGUUGAUGCAUAUCUCAAGGAACAUCCAGACACAAGUAAAGCUGACAAGAAGAAGAUCUGCAGUCUGGUAGAUGUCAAGAAGCUCUCCACAGAUGCAUGCAUGCAUGCCACACAAAACGACCGCCUGCCUCUCCGGUUGGUGGUGCAGGUCCUCUUCUUCCAGCAGCUGAGGGCAGGCUCAAGAAAAGAACUAGCUCUGACCGACAAUGGAGGAGCUGCUUGUACAGGGCCUAUGCUCGAUCAAUGUGAGCCUUGUGAAAGGCGGAUACCGAGGCAUCCAAACUCGCUGGAUAAGCAGGUGACAAGCCUAAGCUCAAGGGAAAGCGAACACCGGAUCAGCGAGCACAGGGGUGGCAGAAACAGCUUCAAGGACCAGCUCGGAGGCUUCCUCCUGCAGUCGCGUUCCAGGAGGAUAUUUGACAAGCUGUGGAGCAGCAAGGGGCAGGGAGAGAACGGCAAAGGUUCAGAGACAUCGGGCAGCUCGCAGAGCCCGCCAUUGUCGGCGAAGCCUGUGGAAGUGAAGCCCUCUCCUCUUCCCCCUCUUAGAAACAGGAGAUAUUCUGUUUCAUAGGGCUCUUCUUUUUCGCUCUCCUAGUUUAGCCCUGGGUUAGCUUGUACAGAAGAAGGAAGUUAAUCAGCUGCUGCUUAUCUUUUUGUUGCUCCUUGCUCUAUCAAUGAAGAGAAAGUAUAGUAGAGGAGUGUAUGCAGAUCAAUCUGCUGUUUCCGAUAUGACCGACCAAGUUGUAGCUUUACUGUAGUGUAAUUUUAACUGAGGAAAGAUUUGCCAGGGCUUCAUGCAAAUAUUUCUGAAGAAUAAGUGAACUAGGAUGAAAAGGUUCAUGUUCGUGUUAAACAUUUACCCUGCUGUUUAGAUCAGAACAUUGUGGCAUUCAAAAACACACUAAUGACUAUUGGACUCUGGAAGACACAUU